AUGGCCUCCCGAUUCCACAGUACCGUCUUCGGCCAACUCGUGCGAGCGGUGUCUGGUAACAAAGUCUUUCGAUAUCCAGACGAGAUUGAUCCGUCGCUAUGGAGGAAGGCAGUCCCGUCCCCGUCGUCUGAAGGAGAGAACAGUGAUUCUGUUACCAAGGAUGCCGGCGCGCAAGACCUUACUGCAACCAACCCCAUCGUCGAUGAUUGGGAAGAUAUUCUCCUACACCUGCAGAACCCUCAUAAUUGGUCCGCCGUGUGGAAGGCUGCCAUCUCUGUCCAAAUGUGUAUACUCAACUUUGGUGUCUACAUUGCCAGUUCUAUCUAUGUGCCGGGUGAGCAAAACGUCAUGCUAGACUUUGGCGUCAGCGAGACCGUGGCUACCCUGGGACUAUCCUUCUUCACCGUAGGCUAUGGUCUCGGCCCAAUGCUAUGGUCCCCUAUGUCUGAGAUGCCUCAACUAGGACGCACGGCUAUUUUUUUCUGGACUCUUUUCGCCUUCAUUUUACUUCAAAUGCCCACCGGCUUCGCGGUCAACAUGCCCAUGUUCCUCGUCUUUCGAGUUCUCACUGGCUUUUGCGGCAGCCCGUGUCUAGCGACAGGAGGAGGUACUAUUGUGGAUAUGUUCGAUCCAGCUAAUGUUUCAUACAUGAUUUGUAUUUGGUCUUCGGCUGGCGUCUUGGGUCCUGUCUUUGGUCCGCUUAUCGGGGGAUUCUUAGCCCCGGUGAAGGGUUGGCGAUGGACAAUCUGGCUAUUCACCUGGCUGUGCUCGUGUGUGCUCAUCACAAUGUUUUUCUUUCUUCCUGAGACUAGUGCGGCAAAUAUUCUGUAUAAGAGAGCAAAGCGUUUGAGGAAAGCGACGGGAGAUAGUCGACUGAAAAGUCAGUCUGAAAUUGACGCCGCACAUCACACCCUCCGAAAUGACCUUAUUGUCCUUGCCAGAGCCUUCACCCUGACUUUAUCUGAGCCAAUUGUCUUCCUGAUGGACCUCUACGCUGGGCUUUUAUAUGGAGUGCUGUUUAUCUGGUUCGAGUCGUUCCCUCUUGUAUUCGGCGACAUCUACGGCUUUACUGUCCAACAGCAGGGUCUCGCAUAUCUCGGUAUUCUCGUUGGCACAGUCAUUACUCUAAGUGGGUUUUUGCUCUGGGUACGAUACGGUAUAGUUGCCAAAUUCAACAAGCCGGGGUUCAAGCCCGAGAUGGUUCUCCCACCGACAUUCAUCGGCUCCUUGGCCCUCCCUAUCUGUCUUUUCUGGUAUGGCUGGUCAGCACAGAAAAGUAUUCAUUGGAUUAUGCCCAUCAUCGGCUCGGGUAUUUUCACUAUCGGCGUGGUGACUCUGUUCAAUUCGCUGUUCAAUUAUUUGGGCAUUUCGUAUCCCGUUUACGCUGCGUCCAUAUUCGCUGGAAGUGCGCUUUUCCGCGCCUGUUUUGCGGCUAGCUUUCCACUGUUUGCUCCGGCUCUAUUCCACCACCUCGGCAUCGGCCCUGGCAACUCGCUGCUAGGUGGUAUCGCCAUAUGUUUCAUUCCCAUCCCGUUUGUUUUCUACAAAUAUGGAGGGAAGAUUCGGCACAUGAGCAAGAACGCUCGACAUGAUCUCUGAGCGGGUGAGCGGGUGAUAUUCAACAAGAAUAGUCCCAAUACCGCUUGGUUCAUCCUAAUUUCCUGAAUAGCUGCAUCUUGGCACUCGCUGUAGUCGAAAAGGGCUCGUCUGUUGGUACAUUCUUUGGUUGCCACGUCCGGUGCCCAACAUCAAACACAAGAGGUAACUUGGUUCUUCCAUCCACUCCAUUCUCUCAACGCUUUCGACAGAAUACACUUCAAUAAUCCUUCGCAUCUCUUGCUCCUAGAUCAAUCCAAGUAUUAUAACGGAAAUUGCGCGUGGGAAUUUCUGAAUUGGGGUCCAUCUCGAUUAUGGAAGGGCGGCUAAUUAGGGCUUGGGCAGCAGCAGAGCAGCGCAAUACUUCCAGUGGUCACAUCCAGGCUAAGGGGCGGUACACAGGUUAUUAG